AUGAAGUUCACGACCGUCAUUGUUGCCGUCAUCUUUGGCACUGCCGUCUACGGUGCAGCCCUCCCCGAUCCAAACUGCCGUUUCCCAGGCAUGCCAUGCUCGCGCGAUGCUGAGGCUAAUGCUGGCUGGGGCUCUGGCUUUAAGAGGCUCCCUGGCCAGCCCAUCGGAAAGCGCGAAGCUGAGGCCGAAGCCGAACCAGUGGCUGAUCCAGAUGCCGACCCGAAUUGCCGCUUCCCCGGUAUGCCUUGCUCGUAG